GGCAACUUUUCUACAGGACAGUUUGUGAGAGGAGAGCAACGACGAGACAGUCCUCUCAAAGCAUUAGUAAAGGGUAUGGUUUUAAAUCUCAGGUGUGCACCCAUCGUUAGGUUUGCAUCAAGGGUUUGGUUCCUCGCUGUGCACUCUGAGGUGUCUCACAGUCUCCCAGGAGCUCAGAGCCAAAGAGCAAGCGGCUUGUGAUCGCACUCGGCUGUUUCGCAAUGGCUGGAAUAACGUCCAUCGAAGCUGUGAAGAGGAAAAUUCAGUCGCUGCAGCAGCAGGCCGACGAGGCCGAGGACCGCGCAGAGGCACUCCAGAGGGAGGUGGACGCGGAAAGACAUGCCAGGGAGCGGGCAGAGGCUGAGGUGGCCUCCCUGAACAGACGUAUCCAGCUGGUUGAGGAAGAGUUGGACAGGGCCCAGGAGAGACUGGCCACAGCACUGCAAAAACUUGAGGAAGCAGAAAAGGCUGCAGAUGAGAGCGAGAGAGGAAUGAAGGUCAUAGAGAACAGAGCAACAAAAGAUGAGGAGAAGAUGGAGCUUCAGGAGAUGCAGCUGAAAGAGGCCAAACACAUUGCUGAAGAGGCUGACCGCAAAUAUGAGGAGGUGGCCCGUAAGCUGGUCAUCCUUGAGGGCGACCUGGAGCGUUCUGAAGAGCGUGCUGAGGUGGCUGAGGCCAAAUCUGGUGACCUUGAGGAAGAGUUGAAAAAUGUCACCAACAACUUGAAGUCUUUGGAGGCCCAGGCAGAGAAGUACUCCACAAAAGAAGACAAAUAUGAAGAGGAAAUCAAAGUGCUCACUGAAAAGCUGAAAGAGGCUGAGACUCGUGCUGAGUUUGCAGAGAGGUCUGUGGCUAAACUUGAGAAGACCAUUGAUGAUUUGGAAGAGAAACUAGCCCAGGCUAAAGAGGAGAACCUAGGCAUGCACCAAGUGCUGGACCAGACUCUAAUGGAGCUGAACAAUUUAUAAAGUGCGAAUGCCUCGCAAUCAAGAGUCUUACACGGCAUAGAGCUUUCCAACGGGGCCCAAAGCACCUACUCUCGGCCUGUGUGCACACAUCCCUCGCAGGGGUAAGGUCUUAGUAGCUUCAGUCUGAUAAAUGAAGAUGAAAUUACACUCUGCCAUUUUAUACACAUAGAUAGAGAACCUAUGUGAAUGUUUUCCCCAGAACUCAAGCUCAUUGUAAGAGGUUUUUAUUGGUAGUCAUAGAAUCAGUAAUGUAUUCAUUAGUAUCAUUGAACUGAAAUGGUUCUGAUUUGGAGUAGGUUCGUUUCACCAGCCUAAUAAAUAUAUGACCAAAGUUCAUAAUUCAUCUAUUUACUAACAAGUGUUGCAUUCAGGGAGCUGUGUGCUCUUUCAUUUUGAAGUAAUGCUUUAAUUGCUCCACUGUUUCAACCCACAUGCUUUUAACCAUUUUAAUGUUUUAUGAAAAUAAACCAGUAGAGGGACUUUUUGCCUUUUUUUUGGUAGAUUUUUUUUUUUUUUUAAUGUAACAUUAACAUGGACUGAUUUCAUGUGUGUAAAUGAAGCACAGAAUUGUCAAUAAUGUUUGUUGAUUACCACUAAAAAAAAAAAGGUUUUUAGUCCUAUUUUUGGCACUUAAACAUCCUCAAAGUAAUCAGCACUUGAUCAUAUUUUCUGCCUGAUAAUUACUGACCAAAGGCUGGCAGAGAUUAUACAGCUAGGUGGCCACAAGUGCUUGUUUACAAAUGUGAAAUUGGUCUACUGAAUUCUUCUUCUCCAAAUAUGACAGCAAUGGCCAAAGCAAUGUUAAUUCACUGUCAGUUUAUUUUCCACUUCAUAUGAAGUCGACCUCUGAAUGUGAAUGUAUUUGUAUUUGACAGUUCCAGAUGUUUGAAUGAAGUAUCAGAAACGGUUCUUAUGUCACUGCAUUUUUUUUUCCUUAAAUUUUUUACCGUACUGUAUUAAAUCUGAGAUUCACUUGUCAUUCAGUAAAAAAUUACAGUAAACAUGAAAAGAGAUUUCUUUUUUAAAAAAAAAGAACUGUCGGUUGAAAUGUGGCUGUCACUAUUCUAAAAGGAAAGUCUCUGAAUAAGUUAAUUAUUGAUUACAGCCUGUUUUUAAUGCAUCACCUUUCUAUGCAGUUGUGUAAGCUCUAUUAAAGACUAUUAAAAUGUUGAAUACAAGUGG